CGGACUCCGACUCUGAUUUACAGCCUAAACCGUCGAGUAUUCAGAUCCCACUCACAGAAACAUGCCUGCACCCACAGCUUUACGGCAAAAUGCCGAAGUAGAAAUGACAGAGACGCUUGUUGCGCCUACUAUGUCAGAGCAAGAUGAGGAAAUCUUGAUCGACGCCCAAACGUCGGCAGAUCAGGUCUCUGCAGGACUCGCACCUGAGAUUGAGCCCACUCAAGACAGCGAUAUGCGUAUCGAUGAAGAGGGACGGCCCCUCUUCACGCCAGCCAAAGACACUAGCAGAGUAUAUCGAGUUGAAAGCAGGAAGGUUCCUGUACCGCCGCAUAGGAUGACUCCAUUGAAGGCUAGCUGGGCACGCAUCUAUCCGCCGCUUGUCGAACAUCUCAAACUUCAAGUGCGCAUGAACAUCAAGAAUCGAGCUGUGGAAUUACGUACGUCACGAUUCACGACCGAUACGGAAGCCCUGCAGAAGGGUGAGGAUUUCGUCAAAGCUUUUACUCUUGGAUUCGAUGUCGACGACGCUAUCGCACUUCUCAGGUUGGAUGAUCUUUACAUACGUUCAUUUGAGAUUCGGGAUAUCAAAGCCCUCAACGGAGAGCACCUUAGUCGUGCAAUUGGACGUUGUGCUGGUAAAGAUGGGCGAACAAAGUUUGCGAUAGAGAACGCUACUCGGACAAGAAUCGUCAUUGCAGACCAGAAGAUUCACCUGCUAGGCGCAGUGAAGAAUGUCGACUGUGCCCAACAGGCCAUUGUUAGCUUGAUUCUUGGCAGUCCACCGGGCAAAGUGUAUGGGAACCUUCGUAAGGUGGCUUCUCGCAUGAAGGAGCGUUUUUAGGGGGAAAAAAACCAAUCGUCAGCAUCAUGGGAACUACGGCCUCUGCCUCUACCAGAGUUUUGUUUCUUUUCUUUUUCUUUUUAUGACAUGGUAUCGGCGUUAGGGGUUGUGGCAUAUGAUCUGGAUAGAGUAUAAUGGAUAUGACGACACAGAAACGAGGGAAGGAAUAUUCCACUGGAUAUUUUAUCUAUUCAUAUUCAGAAAAUCAUCGCAAGAGU